AUGUUAAGCCAUUCCCGCCUGCUGCUGCCCAUGGCCGUGCUGUUGGCCGUGCUCCUCGGACCCCUGUCCGCAGGUCCUGUUCCGCAGGACGCGGUUGUCGGACAGGAUACUACGGUGCGCGAGAAGCGCGGCACUGUCACCCUGGACUUCGGGCUGCUUCUGCGCAAUCUGCUGCUCAAGAGCGCCCAAUUGUCCUCGGCCAAGGCCAAUAUCGUGAAGACCACUCGUCGUCCUCCGACGACGACCACAACCACGGCGGCCCCGCCCCCUCCACCGCCACCGCCUCCUCCACUUCGCAUCCGGAAACCCUUUUGGCAUCCGUUCUUCAGCUCCGGCCUCCUGCCCUUCGACUACGAUGCGGACUACGCCGAUCCUCCGGCUCCUCGACCCACUGCGCCUCCUCCUCCGCCCGCUCCGCCCGUUCAAACGCCCAGACGCGUCCGACCCCCGAUGCGCCCCCUGAGCGCCUACUAUGCCCAGCGGCCAGUGGCUCGUCCAGUGCCCCCCCCUCCGCCGAACUAUGACUACGACUACGACUAUGAUGCCCCUGCUCCGCCCCCUGCCCCCACUGAGGCACCUGCGCCACCACCACCGCCGCCACCGCCUCCCGCCGCUCCGCCACGCCCAAGGCCACGUCCACGCCCUCGUCCGCAGCAGCCACAGCAGCCCGAUCCUCAGCAGCGGCGUCCUGCGCAGCUGGGAGAUCGCCUUAUCUAUCAGUACGCACAACCUACUGAUACCUUCUCUAGGUCGCGAGCUGAGGCGGAGGCGGACGGCGGAGACACCACAGACGGUUCCGACGGAGAUGUAGAUACGGAUGCGGGUGCUUUAGCUGCUGAUGGAGCCGAAUCCGAUCCUCCUCCACCACCUCCUCCGCAAUUUUUGGUGAACUACGAGAGUGACGGCGAUUUGGACCAGCAGGACCCUCCUCCGGCACCGACAGGGACUCCGGCACCACCGGGCGACUAUUUCUCAACCCUCGACCUGGGCAGCCUAAAUCGCUUCCCGACUCUAAAUCACCAGAAUCAGCAGCAGUUCUUCUUUAAGUAA